AUGCCUGCUGGGAAAUUAGACAACCGCGAGUCCGCGACUGCAGUAAUGGAAAACCUGAAAGCUCAGCAGAGAUUGGUCGCUUCUCGAGGCUCUCGCUCUGAUUCAAGCCUGCGGAAUAAGGCCAUUCCACCGUCAUUCCCCAGCCCCGUUCGAGGUCCGAUUGUCACCAGCCGGGGUCGGUAUGAAAGAGAUGUAGACCCGACCUUCGUGUCCUUGCGCAAACUCAAAGACGAUGAAUGGACGUCGUCCGGCUUCAAGAGCACCCUCGCGCUGCACUUUUUAGACGGCUCCUCUCCGUCGCGAGCGGAUGAAAGUCCUCUAUGCGGGCUCGGCUGGCACUUCCGCUGCACCAGCUGGCCCGCGAUCGAUGGGAGCGGAUCCCCGCAAACACGUGUGUCCGUAUCCUUCCUCCCCGGGCUCGUUGCCGGCGCAGCGUAUGGCCGCGUCACGUUCGACGUCGAGUACGAGAACCUGAUUGCGGACCACGACGCGUCCAGGACCGCCGCGUACCUGCGGCUCCCGUGCUCCAGGGACAGCUCUGCCGCGCUCGGCGCGUUCUACCGUCGGCGGGAGGCGCAGGACGUCCCUGUUGUUGCCAUCACCGUCCGGUUGCCGGAAUCGCUUGGUCUGCAGGUACCGCAGCCCCGGCCGGCCGGCGGUGGAGUGAACGAUGUUGUGCUGGAUGCGCUCGCGGGCGCCGAGACGGUUGAUCUGAAGUUCUACGCAUACACCCUGCGCUCGGCGGACGGCUCGGCCGUUUCGAGACCAAAGCCCCUGUAUGCGAAAAUGUCUGCGUUAAGGGGCUAUUCAGUCGCUUUGGACACCUUCCUCUCUGGAUUCAGCGGGGACGGCUUUUCCGAAUCAAAACUCGUCGAUCUGGAUGCGCGCGACCUAGAAAUUGACGAAACUUUUGACGAAUACGACUACAUGUCCGACAGCGACCUCGAGAAUGACGUUCGAGUAGGAGUAGAUACACUGACUCGGAAAAAGUAUUGGAGCACCAUACCUCAGAUUUUGUAUCCACUCUCCUGCACCCAAUACAUUGCAGUUCAGGCUGAGCUUUGGCCACUUGGUAGUCCAUAUCGAGCCUCAAAUGUCCAUAAAAAAUCUGAGUCAUAUAUGCUGACAUGA